UAAUUUUUUAAUUUUUUAAUUUUUUUUGUGAUUUUUCUUGAACAAACCUGCCAACGAAGUCUCUUGCUCCCUUUCUUCACAUUUUCCAUUUCCUUCUUCCUUCUUCACUGAUAUCACUUGCUUCCUCGUUCUCCUUCGUAAACGCUUUUCCAUUCAAUUCAUUCCUCACUUCCAUUUUCAAUCGCCGCAACAUCCAAGUUUCUCUCCGAGAGAAGAGAGAGAGAGAGAGAGAGAGAGAUGGAUUGGGGAAACGUUACGGCGGAGGAUCUGAUGGACGCGCUCCGCGAGGUGGAUUGGUCGUCGCCGCCGCGCCCUCUGUCGGAGUUCUUCUCCCGAUUCACCGUUCCUAGAUCUUCAUCCAAAUGGAACAGCCGCCUCAAAUGCAAUCUCUACUACUACCGCACCAACUACUUCAUUUUGAUCGUUUCUGUUCUCAUACUGGGUUUUCUUCGAAGGCCGCUUGCUAUUGUAGCUGCGCUUCUUACAGCACUCAGCAUUGCUUUUCUAAAUGACAGCUUUGCGGGUACCUUUAGCGAGAAGGUAACAAGGACAGUUAGGCAAUUUUCACCACAUUUAGCUGCCAAGAUGAGACCUCCUCUUACGCCUGUGAUUCGUGGACGUCCAUCAGCUAAGAGAGCAAUUUAUAUAUGUGGUCGGCCGCGUUGGGUGUUUGUCUUGAUAUUUUCUUCUGCAAGUUUCAUCCUUUGGUUUGUUUCUGCUGGCCUCCUAACUGUUUUAUGGGCGCUUGCUAUCGGUCUUCUUGCUACCAUCCUGCAUGCAAGCCUUAGAACACCUAACUUGAAAGCGCGUCUAAACACAUUCCGUGAAGAAUUUCGUGCAGUAUGGCGCAAUUAUAGUGAGCUGUAGCAUACAUAAAAUUUGUUGGAUGUGUUGCUGCGUCCUAGUUGAAAUAUUUUCCUCAAUUGCAAUGGAACUUUAUGGAGAAGGCUGCCAACCCGAUUAUCAACAGACUGUAAAUUCGCAGGAAUCUUGUUUUGUAAAUUACACUGUUUUCAUUGUUUAUUAUAUCUAGAGACUAGAGCAAGCAUUGGAAUAUUGAUACAUGCUGUAAGCAAGACUUUGUCACCCACCAUAAUAGUUGUCAAAAUUCUUAAUUGCACUGACAAAUUGGUGAACGUAAGACACUCAAUAUCUUUUCUCUUAUCGGUAGUUUUUUUUUUUUUUUUUUUGUAAUAUAUAUAUAUUAAUAAA